AUCUACUUCUAUCUUUAUUUAGUCUCAAUCUAGACUUAUAUAUAACUCCGAUCAUAAACUCAUCUUAGUACAAAUCAAACUUUUAAAACGUAAAAUGAAUCACAAUUCUAUCACAACCGGCAUAGUUGGAAAAACCUUCAAACACUAAGUCAACCAAUGGUUCUAGCUUUCUUUUCACGCUAUUUUCUUUUGAAAGCUUCAUUAUAUAUACAUUAUUAACAAAUACAAGAAAACUCAUGAAAAAACCAAUAGUAUUUACUACAACAAAGUCAUAAAUAAUAGUGAGUUGUGAGUCUUAUUUGAGGUCCUCCUCUAUUUUUUCCAUUAAUGGGGGUGCAGGAAAAUCGUUGCUAGUUAGCAUACAUCAAAUUCUCUUUAGAUAAAUGGAGGACUGAGGAGGAAGAACGGAAGAAAGGUAUCAAGCUAAGAAGAAAGCUUGUAUUGGAGUAUAACAAUGGUGGUUUGAGCUUCAAGGGAAGAACAUGCAUGUUUUGAUGAGUAUUUUGUGGGAAGUUUAGUGGGAAAAAGAAGAAAAUAUUGGGUGGUUUUAUAAAAAAAAUCUUGCCUUUUUUAAAGGAAGAUAAUUACUUCAAGUAAACCCUAAUUUUCUACUUUCUUCUACAUUUGGUUCACCUACUAGGAUUAUAAUUUAUACACUAGGAGAAGAAAUUAAAUUUCUUCAUUAUCACUAAAUAAUGGAUGUUUAUGUGGGUUUGAUAUUGUUUAGUGCAAUUACAUCUUAUUUGUUAUGGUUUACAUACAUCUCACGUUCGCUACGAGGUCCACGUGUCUGGCCUUUGGUGGGUAGUUUACCUGGUUUAAUCGAGAAUUUUGAAAGAAUGCAUGAUUGGAUGGCUGAUAAUCUUCGCGCGUGUGGUGGCACGUACCAAACUUGUAUUUGUGCAAUCCCUUUUUUGGCCCGGAAGCAAAUAGUAACGGUUACUUGUGAUCCAAGAAACUUGGAGCAUAUACUCAAAACCAGGUUUGAUAAUUAUCCUAAAGGUCCGACUUGGCAAGCUGUGUUUCAUGAUCUACUUGGAUAUGGGAUCUUUAAUUCAGAUGGUGACACGUGGCUCUUUCAGAGGAAGACAGCUGCCUUAGAGUUUACUACUAGGACCCUCCGUCAAGCGAUGGCUCGGUGGGUUAACCGAUCCAUUAAUGCUCGACUUUGUCCGAUUCUUGAGUCGGCUCAAAGUCAAGCCGAACCAGUUGAUCUGCAAGAUCUCAUGCUUCGGCUUACUUUUGAUAACAUUUGUGGGUUGGCUUUCGCCCGGGACCCGCACACAUUAGCACCGGGCCUACCGGAAAAUGUAUUUGCUAAUGCCUUUGAUCGGGGUACAGAAGCAUCCCUUCAACGGUUCAUUUUCCCGGAGAUUAUUUGGCGGCUUAGGAAAUGGCUUCGGCUUGGUUUAGAAGUGAGCUUGAGCCGUAGCCUUGUCCAGAUAGACACUUAUUUGUCCGAUGUCAUUGAGACACGUAAGCAAGAAUUGAUGAAUAGGCAAAGUGAUUAUGAUGAUCUGCUCUCUAGAUUCAUGAGGAGGAAGGAAUAUGCAUCCUAUUCGGACAAAUUCCUUCAACACGUGGCAUUGAAUUUCAUCCUAGCAGGACGCGACACAUCCUCCGUAGCAAUGAGCUGGUUCUUUUGGUUGAUCAUGCAAAAUCCAAAAGUAGAAGAAAAAAUUCUGCUUGAAAUCUGCACCGUCUUGAUGGAGACACGUGGUGAUGAUAUGUCCAAAUGGACGGAUCAGCCGUUGGAUUUCACUGAGGUGGACCGAUUAGUUUACCUCAAGGCAGCCUUAUCGGAAACCCUACGACUAUAUCCGUCAGUACCAGAGGAUUCAAAGUAUGCAUUAUCCGAUGAUGUAUUACCAGACGGUACAUUUGUACCGGCAGGCUCAUCAAUUUCUUACUCAAUAUACUCGGCGGGGAGAAUGCAAAGUACAUGGGGUGACAAUUGCUUAGAGUUUAAGCCCGAAAGAUGGAUAUCUCCAAAAGGAAAGUUCAUGACGCAUGAUCCAUUCAAAUUCGUGGCGUUCAAUGCUGGGCCGAGAAUUUGCCUAGGGAAGGAUUUAGCCUACCUACAAAUGAAAUCGGUGGCAGCCUCAGUGUUGCUCCGCCACCGAUUGGCGUUAGUUCCGGGGCAUAAGAUUGAGCAAAAGAUGUCAAUUACAUUGUUCAUGAAAUAUGGGCUUAAGGUGAAUGUGCAUCCUAGGGACUUAACCCAAGUAAUUGCUAAUCUGAAGCAGAAGAGAGAAAAUUUACUGUCAGAAUAACAGCAGAUUCUGGUAGAUUUCUGGGUUUUACUGCAGUAAAAGGAAAAAGUAUGGGAAGAUGCAAAAUCAUGGAAUGGUAAUAGGAUUCAACAUGUGAGCAAUGAAGAACACAGGACAGUAAAGUAAAGGGUUUUGUUUUCUUUCAUACAGCUGUUUGGUCUUGCACUUCAUGAGAGAUUCUUAAAUUUUGUAUUCAAGAAUGGGCAUUUAAAGCCCUCUGUAUUUUGGGGUCAACCCUAGAAUUGUAGGGUAUACACCCUUUGGAAAUUUGUUCAGGCCAUUCUUUUUUCAAUUUUGGUUUAGAUUAUUUAUUGAGAUUCUGUAAUUAAAAGUAUAUUUGAAGCAAUAAAUAAUAGUGUUGAUUUCUAUCUUA